AUGCGCACUGGUCAUCCAGAUAUGCGUAUUUCCAAAUUGUUACUUUUCUUCAUGCUAACAUGCACCUUCCUCCCACCAUCGUCGCCGGAUCCCAAUGAUGAAUCUUGUUUGACCCAUUUAUUCCAAUCCUUCGAUGAUCCCAACAAAAACCUCCACAACUGGACCAAAUCCACCUUCUCAAACCCCUGCUCCGAUUUCACUUCCACCCUCGCCGGAGCCACCUGCAACAAUGGCCGUGUCUACAAGCUCUCCCUUCAAAACCUCGACCUCCGGGGCUCCAUAUCGCCGUUCAUCUCCAACUGUACAAAUCUACAGUCAUUAGACCUAUCCAACAACUCCCUCGCGGGACCUAUUCCCGUCGAACUCCAAUACCUCCUCAACCUCGCCGUACUCAACCUCUCAUCCAACCGCCUCUCCUCCGCCAUCCCACCGUCACUCGCCAUGUGCGCUUACCUCAACGUUAUUGACCUACACGAUAACACCCUGACGGGUACAAUCCCGCCUCAGCUCGGGUCGUUGGUGCGGUUAUCGGUUUUCGACGUUUCGAAUAAUAAGCUGUCUGGACCUAUUCCGGCGAGCCUUGGGAACAGAACCGGGAACCUGCCGGCGUUCAACGCGAGCUCCUAUGCCGGAAACAAGGAUCUUUACGGGUACCCAUUGGGUCCAAUGAAGAGUAAAGGGUUAUCGGUGGUAGCGAUCGUGGGGAUCGGGUUGGGAAGUGGGUUAUUGAGUUUGGUGCUGAGUUUCACGGUGGUUUGUAUUUGGUUGAGAUCAAAGGAACAGAAGAGGGCUGCUGAACAAGAAGGCAAGAUUCCUCAGCUAAUGCCUGAUUACUAAUUAAAUCUUGUAGUAUAAAUUUGGGGUAAGAUUGAUGGGGUUUUGUGUUAAUUAGGGUUCUUUCUUAAU